AUGGCUGAAGAUUUAAGAAAUUACAAACUGCAGUUGCAGCAGGUGGAAGCAGCGUUACUCACCGACUCUCAAAAUGAAGAGCUGCUUAAAUUAAAGACGGAUUUGGAAGAAGUAAUUGAGUUGACACAAGAUCUAAUAAAAACUCAAGAUGGAGACUCUAAAGUGCCUGAUAUUCAUGGUACUAGUAAUGAUGAUGAUGUUACAGCGUCGCUGCUGGCAGCCGAGAGGGGAGACCACGAGGGACCUAUGUCCAAAUGGAGGGUAGGUGAGAAGUGCUUGGCCAAAUGGAGAGCUGAUGGCAUGUUUUACGAGGCUCUAAUAGAAGAAGUGUCUGCAGACAUUCUCAAAGUAAGGUUUGAUGGUUAUACAACUUCGGAGGCAGUCUCAGUUAAUGAUGUGAAGUUAUUAGGUAUAGGUGUGAAAAGACCGCACAGUGGGGACGAGGGAAAGCAUGGCAAAGGUUACAAUAGAGAGUAUCUUAAAAAGAAAAAACAAAAGAAGCAACAGAGAUUUAAACAGAUUGAGGAAGAACGGGAAAGUGAGAAAAACAAGUGGCUAAAUUUCCACACAAAGGCUGCAAAGAAACCUGGAGUGCGGAACAAAAGUAUAUUUGCUUCCCCAGACAAUUUAACUGGUAGAGUAGGCAUUGGCACAUGUGGCAUCUCUGGAAAACCUAUGACUGAAUAUACUCCAGGUGAAAAAUGGAAGAAAGGCGGAUAAUAGCGUAAUAAAUUGUAGCAUAAUAUUUAGUAUAAGGUAUGAUUAUUCUUUAUUUUAAUUAUUGAUUUAUUGUUCAGUCAUAGGCGUCAUAUUGUAAUCUUUAAAGCAGCAAAUAAUUACUAAACAAAAUAAGUAAAUAUUUUUCCAAAAUUCAAAAUAUAAAAGUUUUUAAUAGAUAAUCCCAAGACGAUAAUCGCAGAUAGCAGGUCACGAACAGCAGCGGUAGAUUGCCGACAACAUUAUUGUUAUAUAUAAAAUUGAAUCAGAGUAUAACUAUUUAAAGUAGUAGUCUAAAAGAUGCUGUGGACUGUACAACUCCGAAUGCAAUGGUAGGUUGCUGUUGACACUAAAUUUCUUAUGCAAUCGUCUACAACACUGUUGACUGCUGCUACUGAUACAUUUCUAUUGUUUUACCUGCAUUCCUCCACUAUAGUCAGCAGCGUUACUUGGAAUAAUAGCAUUAUGAUAUUUAUGAUUGAUGAUUUUUAGUUAUGUUCACCAUAAUUAUGUACAAAUGCUUUUCAAAUAAAGGUGUUCACAAAAGUGUUGUGUGUGUUGGUAUGUACAAUGUUUGAAGAAUUAGAAAAUUAGUGAGAAUUUGCAUAACUGGAAGUUUCUUUAUAUUUGUAAGGAC